AUGUCUUCUGAAGAACAUCAGCUAGAAGGGGCUUCUGUCAGUGCAACUUCGAGUGCGGCAGCAGAAGAGCAUGAUACAAUUGUGGCAGACGACUCUGGCAUUCCAGAGACAUGGACAGAGCUACAAUUUUCCUGGUCUGGAAAGCUUUUUUCAUUAAAGGUCGCGGACUCUGAUAGGCAUGUUUCCAUAGUAUUCGAUUUGAAGGCUACGCUGUACAGCAUGACCGAUGUCCCACCAGAACGGCAGAAGAUCCUUGGGCUCGUCAAGGGCAAGCUACCUCCUGAGGAGGCCCGAAUUUCUGACCUUCGUUUCUCUGGCAAGAAAUUCACACUUGUUGGCACACCAGAGGGUCAUGAAAUCAAGGACCCAUCGCAGAUGGGGAACCUACCAGACUUAAUCAACGACCUUGAUGUCGAGCUCACUGACGCAGCUCUGGAGGCAUACAAGCGCGAUCGACGCAAUGCCCGCAAGAUCAGAGAGGCGACCGAGAAGCUAAACGUCAACAUCAUUUUCCCUCUCAGGUCGGGAAAGCGCCUCUUGGUUCUAGACAUAGAUUACACUAUUCUUGAUACCAAGCCAUUGACUACAGGAAGUUUACCUCCUGCUGAGUGUGCUCGUCCCAAACUCCACGAAUUUCUGGAGGCUGUCUACCCUCACUACGACAUUUGCAUCUGGUCACAGACGAGUUGGAUAUGGCUUGAAACGAAACUGGUCGAACUGCAAAUGAUCGGUUCCAACAAGAAUUAUCAGAUUUCAUUUGUGCUAGACAAGACAGCGAUGUUCAAGGUUUUCACUGUACGCGACGGCAAGCCAUGGGAUCAUUCGGUCAAAGCUCUCCAAAUCAUCUGGAAUCGCUUCCCCCAAUUCGACGCGUCGAACACAAUACAUAUCGAUGAUCUGAGUCGGAAUUUUGCGCUCAACCCUGGCUCUGGACUGAAGAUCAGCGCGUUCAAGGACGCCCAUACUCCUGCCGCUAUGGCCGAUAGAGAGCUUGAGAAACUCGCCCGUUAUCUCGUCCAUAUUACGGGUGUCCCCGAUUUCCGUGCUCUUCGUCAUAAUGAUUGGAAGAAGACGUUGCGCCAGCUGCCUCCGCCGUAG